UUGUCCAGAGACUAGCCCUGAUCAACUUGAUAUUGUUUUUAAUGUGGUUGAAAUAAAUUAUAACGUGGAGAAAGGGCACCAUUAUCAGAGACGUGGUGUUUGCACUGGAUGGCUGGAUGAUAUAACCUCUUGCAUGCAGUUUGAAAAAAAUGCUGUUCAGCUCAUAAAGAUACCCAUAUUCAUGAGGACAAAUCAGCAUUUUCGACCUCCUGAAGAUCUCUCAAAACCUCUAGUGAUGAUUGGCCCAGGUACUGGUGUGGCCCCAUUCAUAGGUUUUUUACAACAGAGAAAUGCUAAAAGAAAAACAGUGGAUCAGUAUGGACAAACUUGGUUGUUUUUUGGCUGUAGGAAUAAAAGUCUUGAUUUUAUUUUCAAGGAAGAAUUAGAGAGAUUUGAAAGAGACGAAAUACUGACUAAAUUACAUGUUUCCUACUCACGUGACCCAUCACUUCCCUUGGAUGCAAAUUCAUGUUAUGUGCAAGACAAAAUGCGUCAACUUGCCCCUGAACUCUGUCGUCUGCUUGUUGAAUCAAGUGCAUUAGUGUAUGUGUGCGGUGAUGCAAAGAAUAUGGCCAAGAAUGUUAAUGAUGCUUUUGAGGAAAUUUUGCAGAAGGAAAAAGGUAUGUCCUCCGAGGAUGCACACCUAUUUGUGAUGAAAAAGAGGAUCAACAAAACGUAUUUAGAAGAUGUCUGGGUUUAAACAGUUUAAGUCAACUGAGACAACAAAUUGUUCAACUUUUAAAUUAAUUGUGCAGAGUACCAAUCACAUAUAAAACAAUUAAUCUAACCACUUAAUUGUCUUUAUAAUACUAAUAAUUUCUUUAGUAAUUAUUUACCUUUAAAAAUGUUUGUUAUUAAAGUGUUAUCUAGAAUGUGUUGCGUAAAAAAAAAGUUAACAACAUAUUUACAAAUAAUUUAUGAUAGCUCCUGUUUCAUUUUUAUUAUUUUAAAAGCUUUUACUUAGGUCUGUCUGGGAUGGAUGCUAGGUCAUAUCUUUAACUCAAUUGUGACUAUUUCAAUUGCAGUGGUUUCUUUUUAGACAAAUUUGCCUCCAAUGAGAAAGCAAAAAUGUCCCACAUUUUCCAGCAAAAUAUUUUUAGUAUUAAAUUAGUUCUUUUGAAGGAGGUAAAAGAUCUAGAGUAGAAUAGUAACAGUAUCAGACAUGAAUUUUACAAACUUGAGAGUAGACCACUGAUAACAUUAAAGGGGAAGGUAAUUGAUACAGAGUGUGUUUUAAAGCAAUUAUGUCUUAAUAUAAAUUUGAGUGGGUUGUCAACUAUUAAUAACGAAAAGAAUAGAACAAAUUAAAAUGGUUUAAAUGUUGACUUUGUUAUAUCUAAAUACUAAAAAGUAGAAAAAGUAAUUAUAAAAACCAACCUUAUUUUUUACUAUUAUAAUCUAAUAUAUAAAGCUCAAUUCUGUAUGUUUGUAAUAAGUUUGUCGUUGACAAAUGUUGUAUGUAUUUUACGGAUAAGCUUGGAGUAUUAUAAUUGUUCGUUUGGUUUGGCACCUACGUUCGUUUAAGUGAGUGCGACUAUGAAUAAGUUGGGGUACUAUAGUCGUUUAUUAAGCUGAAACAGGCGAUUCUGCCCCGGGCUAGACUGUGAGCACUUUGCGUUUAUGUUCGUGUUUGUGUCUUCUUUGUGUUUAGGUAGGGUUUGCGUUAGUGGUUGCGUUUUGAUUUGGUUCAUUUUUGUUCUUUCUUUUUUCGUUUGUGUUUUUUUGUUUGUGUUUGUGGUUGGUUUUGCGUUUGGAUUUGGUUUGUUUUCGUUUGCUUUUUCGUUUUUUUUUUUCUUUGGAUUCGUAUUGGUGUUGUGGUUGGGUUUGUUGUUAGGUUUUUGUUUCCUUUUUUGUUUGUUUUUUCUUUGUGUUUUGUAUUUGUGGUUGUGGCUGGGUUUGUUGUUAGGUUUUUGUUUUCGUUUCCUUUUUUGUUUGUUUUUUCUUUGUUUUGUAUUGGUGGUUGUUUGUUGUUAGGUUUUUGUUUUCAUUUGUAAUUGUGUUUGCGUUUUUUGGUUUUGGUUGGUUGUGGUUUGGGUGGGCAGUGCCGGGUUUAUGAUGAUUACUAAACACACAGGUAAUGGUCUUUAACAAAGGUUUUUCACAGAAGCCAGAGCAGGGCCGGGACGGCUAGUUUGUUUAUAUAAAGGUUUUAAUACUUGAUUUAAUUACCUAAACUAGAUAUACAUUAGUGAUAAUUUUGUAUUUAGAUGCAGCAUUACAAUCUGACUUUUAAGAGUUAUGUAUGUCAAAAAAAGCUUGAUUUAUAAAAAUAGAUAAAGAAUAAAAUAACCAGAUUUCAUUA